UUGUUUUAAAGAGAGAAUCCUGUAGGAUGCUGGGAAUGGGAAACUAGCUGUUGUGGGCUCUUACUGACGGAACUUAAAGAAUAAAAAUUAAUUCCUUCUUUCCUAUCUGAAACCUCUCAGGAUUCCCUGUGACAAUAGCCACCAUCUAUUGAGUUUAUUUCAGUAACUACUGGCUUAUUUCCAUGCAUGAUUCCAUUUAAUCUUCACAAUAACAACACCAUCGUCUCUAGUGCAUAGGUGAAGAAUGAAGCUUGCCGAGCCGUGGCAUCAAGUGUUUCUUCCAUUUUCAUACAAGAUAAUACAGACCAGGGUGGGUCUUAACCGUUCCAAAACGGUCAGAGAUUUGCCUCUCCCUGCUCCGCCCCUCAAGUCCACUCUUUACCGAGGAGUGUGGCCAAGCACGGAUUGGGGGCGGGAAAAGCGGCCGGAGGCUGCCUCCCCCGGGGCAGGGUUUGAUGAAGCCCCGCCCCAAAAGUGAGCUCACAAGGGCGUGGCCUCACGCCGAUUCUCGCGUGUCUCUGGGCCCGGACUUGCCGCAGAGCCGUAAAGGGCUCUACGAGUCGUGAAGUGGCGAGGCGCGGAAGUGUUGCUUUACGACGAUUUGGACGAAAGCUGCAGGCCGGUGUUUGCUACUUGCGGCUUUCGGUCCCGCACGUGGCAGCUGUCGGUGUUCCGACCCAGAAUUCGUUCCUUUUGGCGUGGACAAGCCACACUGAAGGACAGAGUGGCAGCGAAGGCCAGAGGUCGUGAGCUGAUGGAUACUGCUGUUGAAAAUGAAGGGACAUUGGGAGGAGGUUUGCAGAGUGGAGCUGAGGGGGCGCGGCUAAAGCUCGAGUCCGGUAGGGAGAGAGUCCGGGGCACAGCAGGGACGGACGCUGGCAGUGUAGAAGCGGGGGAUGGACAGGCAGGAAUGGAGAAGACAGAGGAUAGAGAAGGAAGUGGACAAACGGCAGAGGAGAUGCGAGUGGACCUAACGGUUGUGAAACAAGAAGUUAUGGACUGGUCGGAAAUGGAAGACGGGAUGCUGGAUGGCCGGUGGGUAAAGCAGGAGGUGAAGGAUGGGCCUGAGGUGAAAGAGGAGAAACCAGGCACUUUGGAGGUGAAGCAGGAGAUGGAUAGUAGUUUUGUGGUAAAAGAAGAGAAAGUGAAGGUGAAGGAAGAGGUGAUGGACUGGCUAGAUGUGAAGGAAGAGAAGAAAGAUAACUUGGAGAUAAAAGAGGAGGUGUUUGUUGCUCAGAACAUAAAAAAGGAGGAAAUGAUGGAUGACGUUUGUGUAAAAGAAGAGAAGUAUUUCCCAAAGGAAGAAGUGAUGGAUGAUCCAAAGGUGAAAGAAGAGCCUCAGAUAAAUCCACCAGUGGGUUUCAAACGGAAACUGGCCAUGUCAAGGUGUGAAACUUGUGGUACAGAAGAAGCAAAGUACAAAUGUCCACGUUGUAUGCGAUAUUCCUGCAGUUUGCCCUGUGUAAAGAAACACAAAGCAGAACUGACCUGUAAUGGAGUCCGGGAUAAGACUGCAUAUGUUUCCAUACAACAGUUUACUGAAAUGAAUCUCCUAAGUGAUUAUCGGUUUUUGGAAGAUGUGGCAAGAACGGCAGACCACAUUUCUAGAGAUGCUUUCUUAAAAAGACCAAUAAGCAAUAAACAUAUGUACUUUAUGAAAAAUCGUGCCAGAAGACAAGGUAUUAACUUAAAGCUUCUACCCAAUGGAUUCACCAAGAGAAAAGAAAAUUCAACAUUUUUUGAUAAGAAAAAACAACAGUUUUGUUGGCAUGUGAAGCUCCAAUUUCCUCAGAGUCAAGCUGUGUACAUAGAAAAAAGGUUGAAAGCCUACAUUCGCUCUCAAACUGGGGUCCAAAUUUUAAUGAAGGUUGAAUAUAUGCAGCAAAAUUUAGUAAGGUAUUAUGAACUGGAUCCUUACAAAAGUCUCCGUGACAAUUUGAGGAACAAAGUGAUCAUUGAGUAUCCAACAUUACAUGUGGUAUUAAAGGAAUCCAGUCAUGACAUGGAAGUUCUUCACCAAGUGAAAAGUGAAUCUCCCAAGAACAUUGGCAAUGAAAAUUGAGCACUUCUUCUGGAGGAAGAAGGCGAAAAUUCCCAGACAGUUGCAGAGGACUGACUAUGCAUUGACUAGCUGUUGGAUGACUGGGAUGUUGUCAGUGGGUGGUUGAAAUUUUUUGUUUCUCUGAGUAAUUAAACAAUCUAAAAGUUUCUUUGAAAAGGUGUAUUUCCUAGCCUCUUGGAUUGACUUGUAAGGCCCUUAUUCCUAGUAAUAAUCCCUUUUUUGCACCUGACCAGCAUAGUGCUUAUUUCAGUUAGGCCCAGGGUUUUAAUACGCUUAAUUCCAAGGCUGAAAACUUUUUUUGUUUAGUUUGAUGCAAGCCCAAACCCAAGAAUCACCUGUGUCAGCCACAAAGUUGGCAGUUUCAUUGGUAGAACCUCACUAAACAUAAAGGCUGUGUGACACACCAUUUAGCCACAGGAGGACUGACCCAUCGUUGCCCAUUCUUGUCUUUGGGGUUUGUUGGUAACUCACCCUCUUGAGAUGACUGAGUGGGUCUUUUUUACUUGGGUAGCAUCUAGCUCAGUGUCACAUGUAAAGGAUAAAUAAAUACUAUUAACUAUUACUUCUUAUAUUCAGUUCACAAAAUCAAUGGCCUCUCAUUGUUUGAACCAUCAGUGCUCACAAAUUCGGCUCUCCUUGUUUGCACAGUGAGCUGUGUCUUAUUAUGAAUUCUGUGCCUUUCAUCCCGUUCCCAUUCCACGCUCCUCAUUACCAUACAGGGGUGUUGUGAUGAGCAGAAACAUCCAGCAAUAACUAAAGAAAGAAACACUUGGAACUCUUCAAAGUGUUACUGGAAUGUAUAUGUGCAUUUAUGUACGUACAUGGCUUAAUUUAUACCUUAUGGCAGCUCUGUAUACAUUAUGAUCUCACAUAUUGAAAUUAAAGUUUCCUAGUUUUAUUGGAAUUUACACAGUUAUGAAAUUGCAAUAUGUCUAUAAAAGAGUAAAAGAUUAUUACAUCUGUGUUGCA